AUGAGCGACUCGGAUGCCCAGCUCCUCUACCAGGAGCAGCUUCGCCAGGAACGACUGCGGCAGGAGCAGCUCCAGCAGGAACAACUGCGCCAAGAACAGCUCCAGCAGGAACAACUGCGCCAGGAACAGCUCCGGCAGGAACAACUGCGCCAAGAACAGCUGCAGGAACAGCGCCGGCAGGAACAACUCCAGCAGGAACAACUACGUCAAGAACAACUCCGCCAGCAGCAGCAGCUGCAGAAUCCUGAUCCGAUGAUCCGGAUGAUGGGGAUGUUCGAGCAGCUGGUAGCUUCGGUGCAGCAAACUGUCCAGCAGCAGCAGCAGUUCAUGAAGCGAUUUUCAAGAAGCGCAACCCAGCCACCUCUCAACCCGGAACAGAUCAUCGACUCGCUUGCUGGGAACAUCAAGGACUUCCGGUACGACGCCGACAACAGCGUAACCUUCGCGGCGUGGUACUCCCGGUACGACGAUCUGUUCGCCCAAGACGCUGCCCGUCUGCAGGAUGACGCCAAGGUCCGGCUAUUGCUGCGAAAGCUCGGCCUUCCCGAGCACGAACGAUACGUGAGUUUCAUACUCCCCGCCGUCCCCAAGGACUUCAGCUUCGCCGACACCGUUGACACGCUCAAGAGCCUCUUCGGUGCGAAGGAAUCGGUCGUGAGCAGGCGCUAUCGGUGCCUCCAAAUCUCGAAGCAGCCAACCGAGGAUCACGUCUCGUACGCCUGCAGAGUGAACAAGCUUUGCGUCGAAUUCGACUUAGGCAAACUCACCCAAGAUGAGUUCAAAUGCCUUGUUUACGUUUGCGGAUUGAAGUCGGGGAGCGACGCCGGAAUCCGUACGCGACUUCUUUCCAAGAUCGAGGAGAACACUAACGUCACACUGCAGCAGCUGUCAGACGAGUGUCAGCGUCUACUAAACCUACAACAUGACAACGCCAUGAUCGAGACGCCGUCAACCUCCGACGUAAACAAAGUCGAGCAACGAUUCGAACGCAACAAAAGCAACAGGCGCGACCGAGAUCAACAACCUUACGCUGCCGGCAAGUCCAAAAGCAAGCCGCCGCGUCCGUGCUGGUUUUGUGGAGCGGAACACUACGUCCGCGACUGCACCUUCCGGAACCACAAGUGCGCCGAUUGCGGAGUCACCGGACAUCGCGAGGGCUAUUGCAGUUCUGCCAAGCCGCUGAAACCCUUCAAACGAGGAGGCCCGAGGGACUCGGUCAGCAGUAACGUGGUGGUUAUCAACGAGUGCACGGUGCAGAAGCGACGGAGAUUCGUUUCGGUUGAUUUCGGCGGGACACUGAUCCGGCUUCAACUGGACACAGCAUCCGACAUCACCGUGAUCAGCAAGGAACUGUGGAGCGAAGUUGGCUGCCCAAGGUUUUCGCCGCCCUCCGUUCGCGCUAAAACAGCUUCUGGGACGGAAUUGUCGCUGAACGGCGAGUUCCGCUGCGACAUCACCAUCGCCGGAAGCACCCGCAACGAGCUGAUCCGCGUAACCGAGAAACCACUCCAGCUGCUUGGCUCGGAUCUUGUGGACAGCUUUGGGCUAGCAUCCAUCCCGAUGGACAGCUACUGCUGCAACGUAUCCAGCGUUCCCGACCCAGCGCCGGCACUCAAGUCGGCCUUCCCCAAGGUGUUCAGCAAAAACCUCGGAUUGUGCACCAAAACAAAGGUGAAGUUGGAGCUGAAAGAAAACUGCCGACCGGUUUUCUGUCCCAAACGUCCGGUGGCCUACGCGAUGGUUGAGGCCGUCGACCGCGAACUGGACAGGUUGCAGCAGCUCAACAUCAUCACUCCGAUCGACUACUCGGAGUGGGCCGCCCCGAUUGUCGUGGUGCGGAAGGCCAACGGCUCCAUCCGGAUUUGCGGAGACUACUCCACCGGCCUCAACGCUGUCCUUCAGCCACACCAGUACCCGCUGCCGCUUCCGGAGGACAUCUUCGCCAAGCUGGCCAACUGCAAGGUAUUUAGCCAGAUCGACCUCUCUGAUGCUUUCUUGCAGGUUGAGGUAGACGAACAGGACCGCCACUUGCUCACGAUCAACACCCAUCGUGGCCUCUACCUCUACAACCGCCUUGCGCCCGGCGUCAAGAAUGCCCCCUGGUCGGAAUCCCAGCAGCGUCCUGCUAUCUCGAUGACGUCAUCGUCGGCGGCGCAACCCAAGAAGAACUACGGCUUCAAAAUUCGUCUCGAGAAGUGCUCGUUUGGGAAGACUGAGAUCCGCUACUUGGGGCACAUCAUCGACAGCCGCGGGCUGCGACCAGACUCUGCGAAGAUCGAGGCCAUUGUCAACAUGCCGCCUCCUACUGAUGUGUCUGGUGUUCGAUCCUUCCUGGGCGCAAUAAAUUACUACGGGAAGUUCGUGCCUAACAUGCGGAUGCUGCGCUACCCAAUCGACAAGCUGCUGAAGGAGGAUGCGAAGUUUGUGUGGGACUCGGAGUGCCAAAAAGCUUUUGAGAAGUUCAAGCAAAUCCUCACCUCCGGUCUGCUUCUUACACAUUACGACCCAAAGCAGGAGAUUAUUGUCUCUGCUGACGCCUCAUCCGUUGGACUCGGGGCGACGAUCUCGCACAAAUUCCCCGAUGGUUCUGUGAAGGUGGUCCAACACGCAUCGCGAGCGCUCACGAAGGCGGAGCAGAACUACAGUCAGCCGGAUCGCGAGGUCUCCACCGACAAGUUUGGCGAAGCCGACGUGCUAUCUCGUCUGAUCAAUCAGCACGUACGACCAGAGGAGGACUACGUUAUCGCCAGCGUCCGCCUAGAGGAGGACAUCAGGUCAGUAGCCACGGAGUCGAUUAAUGCGUUGCCUCUCAGUUUUAGAGCCGUUGCCAAAAGCACCCAGUCCGAUCCACAACUCCGCAAGAUCUAUCGGUACGUUCUUGAGGGUUGGCCAAGAGUGAAAGUCGCCGAUCCGGAGAUCCGGCGCUACCAAACCCGUGCCGACUCGCUCACCGUUGUGGACGGGUGCAUCAUGUUCGCCGAACGACUAGUCAUCCCUGCUCAGCAUCGCAAGCGGUGUCUGGAGCAGCUGCACCGAGGCCAUCCUGGGAUGGUGCGCAUGAAGCAGAUUGCCAGGAGCUACGUGUACUGGCCCAGCCUGGAUGACGAAAUCGUGGGCUACGUGAAAGCAUGCCAGCCAUGCGCCUCGGUAGCACGGUCCCCGCCGCACUCUGCUCCUGUGCCAUGGCCGAAAGCAGCUGGCCCGUGGCAACGGAUCCAUAUAGAUUUUGCGGGACCGAUCAACGGCGACUAUUUCCUGAUAGCAGUGGACUCCUUUUCGAAGUGGCGGAUGUUUUCCCGACUCGGCAUGCCUACCCUCAUCGUGAGCGACAACGGGACGCAAUUCACGAGUGCCGAAUUUGCAGAGUUUUGCGCUUCGAACGGCAUCCACCACACCACGACCGCUCCGUACCACCCGCAGUCCAACGGGCAAGCGGAACGAUUCGUGGACACUUUCAAGCGUCCCGUCAAGAAGAUUUCGGAGGGGAGAGGCACCAUCGAAGAAGCUUUAGACAUCUUCCUGUUGGCGUACCGCAGUACCCCAAACCGCUGCGCACCUGAGGGCAAGUCUCCAGCCGAGAUAAUGUUCGGUCGCAAAAUCCGAACCUGUCUCGAACUACUUCGCCCACCUGCCGAUCCCGAACCGCCCCAGAAGGAAGACCAACGUCGAAGCUUCGCCAAGCAAGACCUCGUGUACGCUCAAGUUCACUCCGGCAACGCAUGGAAAUGGACACCUGGAGUCAUCCUCGAGCGGAUUGGAAGUGUGAUGUACAACGUGCACGUCGGCAACCAACGCGUCAUCCGCUCGCACAUCAACCAACUGCGAAGUCGUUCCGAGAGCGGACCAGCUGCUUCACUGCGUGCCAAACCGAAAGCGCUGCCGUUAGACGUCCUACUCGGUGAGUGGAAGCUCACGCAACCGUCGUUGGUCCCUGAGCUGCCACCGUUGAGCCCGAUGCAGUUGACGCCGUGUCCGUCUUCUCCCGAGCUUGCGGACCCUCCUGAGACGCAAACGAGCGCGUCCAGUACACCACGCCCGUCAACCCCAGAAUCUCCGGACCAAGUUGAGACGCCGCCGUGUGCGUCCUCUACGCCGCGUCCUGGAUCGCUACCUCCACAAGAGAGUGGUGCAACACCAUCUUCUUCGGCUGCGUCGUCGUUGUCUUCCUCGUCUUCAUCAAGUACGUCGGAGCCAACCAUCGUGCCGCAGCUGGUACCUGAACUUCGGCGUUCCGAUAGGAAUCGUAGACCGCCUGUAAGAUUCGACUACUACCAGCUGUAUUAUAUUAAGAGGGGAGAUGUUGAGGACAGAGAAAGUGCGCGGAGUGCCCCCACCUUCCGCGCGCCGCUGGCUCACAAGUGGCUGCCAGUCUGCCACUGUGUGACGCAGCACAGCGCGUUCGAUGUUUUAUAA